GAAAUAAGCUUUUUUCUUGAAAUGGUGAUAAUUAUCGAUACGGUAAGAAGUGAUAAUAAAAAGUGCAUAGUUUUUAAACCUUUUUCGAGUCAGUACAAGAAAAGACAUCGUGAGAGAAGAUCGUUUCUUUAAAAUAUACUAAUGAUUGAGGAGAAAAAAUUAAAAUGUCAUUGAAUAAUUUUAAUAUCGUACAUACAUCUAAAGAGAGUGAAUUUACGGAUAAUCGCAAUGCCGAAAAGUCUUCAUCUCGGAAUUCUUUGACUUUAAAAUUAUCAGAUAAGAUUGAUAAUACGGUAUUAUUGAAUUUUAAAACAACAAGUAAAAAUAAUGAAAAUGAACACUUGCAUCGAGUUACAAGUAGCAGUGAUAAUGAAGCACAAAAUGAAAUGAUAUUGAACGAUGAUUUAAACGAUCGUUUCGAAGAUCACUUAAGAAAAGAAACAAUAGAUGAAAAGCAAGAGACACAAUUGUUUUCACAGAAGAAUUAUACUUUGACAUUAAUCGAUGUAACGAUUUGCACGAUUACAAUCGGACCAUCUGUAAUCGGUUUUUGGAGAGGUGUAUGGGGGCUAAUGGAUUUUCAUCAAGAGAUGUUUCCGUUUUGGCUAUGUUUCACAUUUGGCAUACUGUUUCACAUGAUGUUUGCAGUGAUGAAAUAUCAGCUUCAUAAUUAUGUGAAUAACAAGAUAAAAAAGAAUAGUUUGUUAAAUCAAAUACUAUGUCAAAUAUUUAAGAUCAUUUAUACUUUCGUAUUUGGAAUAAUGUGCAUAAUACAUUGGAGAUAUAGCUGGAUCAUACUCGACGAAUAUUUGCAUAUACAUAAAUUAUGGAUAAACGCAAGUUUAACGACGACAUUUAUAAGCGUCCUGGCAGGGCUUCGCUGUAUACGAAAUCUAUUAGCACCGCCGUUUUACAUAAAUAUCGACGACUAUAAUCGUCUCUUUUUAUUUCCGACUUUAUUCAAGCGAGUGAGUAGAAAAAAUUAGUAUAUAUGUACCAAUUAAUGUUGAACCUAACAUAGAUAUUACGAAAUGCAUUGCGCGUUAAAUCGUUAAAUCAAAAUUAGAUCUAAUAUAACUAUAAAAAUUUGACGAAGUAUUAUGACAUAUACGAUGCAAUACAUUUAUAGAAUUAAAAUGAGUCAGUCGUUGGUACUCAGAUUAUUCUAUAAAAAAAUGUUGUAAUCUAAACGAUCUUUCCUCGUUUCCUCUUUUCCUUUUUUUUUUCUUUUUUUCUUCUUUCUUCUUUUUUUUCCCCCCUGUAUAGUCUUAAUCAGUCCUCGAUAUGAAUGGAGAUUCCUUUCUGAUACGAUGAUAUGAUACCAAUGUACAAUAUAGACAAUUGCGCGAUAAGACGGGAGAAGAUGUAUUUUUGAAAAAAAAGUACCGCGAUAAAUGAUGAUGAACGUGUAAUUCUUCUUGGAAAAAAGACUAUAUUGAUCGUCCAUUACUUUAUUUGCACUUUUGUAGAUUUAAUUGAUUAUAUAUAUUAAGUUUCGUCAUAACGAACGUUAUGAAGUGUAUUGUGAAGUAUAUUUCUAAAGAACAUGUGCGGAGUAUUUCCCCUGUACGGAUGUAUCCGUAUAUAGAUAUAAGAGCAAAUAUUUCGCAAUUGAUUGAAAUUAUAAAAAAGUUUAUCGAGAAAAAUUUUGCACACGUUCUGAAUCAGCUACGAUGUAUACGCGUAAACAUUUAUUUUUUUUCUUUUAUACUCAUAAUCUUUUCGCGUUAUGAAGACGAAGAUCAAUGUAUA